GGGCGGGUGGGCGGAGAACGCAGAGGGGCGAGGCCCGGCUGCAGGGUCUGCUCGACCCAGGAGGAGCCCGCGUCCAGCUCAGCCUUGCAGCCCCGCGCCCUGAGCAUCGUCCCGGAGGAACGGAGACAAAGGAGGAUUCAUGUCCAAAGGGCUCCCGGAGACCAGGACGGACGCAGCCAUGUCAGAGCUGGUGCCUGAGCCCAGGCCUAAGCCGGCAGUGCCCAUGAAGCCCAUCAGCAUCAACCCCAACCUGCUGGGCUACAUUGGCAUCGACACCAUCAUCGAGCAGAUGCGCAAGAAGACCAUGAAGACUGGUUUCGACUUCAACAUCAUGGUCGUUGGUCAGAGUGGACUGGGCAAGUCAACACUAGUCAACACCCUCUUCAAAUCCCAAGUGAGCCGCAAGGCCUCCAGCUGGAACCGGGAAGAGAAGAUUCCCAAGACAGUGGAGAUCAAAGCUAUCGGGCACGUGAUAGAGGAAGGCGGUGUCAAAAUGAAGCUGACUGUCAUCGACACGCCAGGCUUUGGAGACCAGAUCAACAAUGAAAACUGCUGGGAGCCCAUUGAGAAAUACAUCAAUGAACAAUAUGAGAAAUUCUUGAAGGAGGAGGUGAACAUAGCCAGGAAGAAACGCAUCCCUGACACUCGUGUCCACUGCUGCCUCUAUUUCAUCUCCCCGACGGGACACUCCUUGCGACCUCUCGAUCUGGAGUUCAUGAAACACCUCAGCAAAGUUGUGAACAUCAUCCCUGUCAUCGCUAAGGCUGACACCAUGACCCUGGAGGAGAAGUCUGAAUUCAAGCAAAGGGUUCGAAAGGAGCUUGAAGUAAAUGGCAUUGAAUUCUACCCCCAGAAGGAAUUUGAUGAGGAUUUGGAGGACAAGACAGAGAAUGACAAAAUCCGGCAGGAGAGCAUGCCUUUCGCUGUGGUGGGAAGUGACAAGGAGUACCAAGUGAAUGGCAAGCGGGUCCUCGGCAGAAAAACUCCCUGGGGGAUCAUUGAAGUGGAAAACCUCAACCACUGUGAGUUUGCCUUGCUUCGAGACUUUGUCAUCAGGACCCACCUCCAGGACCUCAAGGAAGUGACACACAACAUCCACUAUGAGACCUACAGGGCCAAGCGGCUCAAUGACAAUGGAGGCCUCCCUCCGGGAGAAGGCCUCCUGGGCAUUGUCCUUCCACCUGUGCCAGCCACCCCCUGCCCCACUGCAGAAUGAAGGCCAUUUCAAGCGCCGCUCCUCCCUCCAUUCCUCUCAGCUGUUAUUGCUGCAGGGCCACGCCCUUUUUAGUGCUGUGCGUGUCCAGCCAGCACCACGGCCCCUCUCAGCCCUCAGCCGGUGGGAGGGGCCGGCUGCCCCUUUAGGACAGUUGCUUCUUCCAUUCAUCCAAACCACCCCUCUCCUCCCAGUGGAAUGGAGUUCUCGCCAGCACUGCCCUCCAUCAUCUGUGUCAGCUGGUCCUAGCCCAUCUGUAGGGUGAAAGAGCUCACCAAGAGCUCCUUCUGCCCUUGCAAACCCAUACCGGCUACUUGUAACCAUCUCCAAGGGAAAUGGCAUUGUUCCCUGUCCAUUCAUCUGCAUGAGCUACUCUUGGCUUCCUUAAAGGGUCAAGAAAGCAACUUUUCUGCUUGUCGGAUUUGUUGACGUCAGCUGUGUGAGCCCCAAGGUGGGACGAGGGUGCCUCCUUCAUUGCUCAAAGCUUAUUUAUAAGGAUGGGUCACUACAGAUCUGGGGGAGCAAGGGCUAGGAUCACUUUUUAAAAAAAUCACUGCUUGUGGCUGGCCCGGAGGGCAGUCACACACCCUCCCUGCCCCAUAAUGCAGCCACUUAGGGAGUGUGGUUUUCCUGAGACAUUCCUGGAGUUGACUUCCUUAUCCUCAAACUUUAAAUAAGAACUAAAUGCACACACAAAACUCCAGAAAGUCACAGGAUGUGAACUCUAGGAGGAAAAAAGCACCCUUCUGUCCACUUAGCAAUAAGGGGGAAUCUCUUCCCACCCACCCUGACUACUCCACCCCACCCCCUCCCCCACUCCGUUAACGUGAGUAAUGAAUCAGCCUGGCCACAGUUGGUCACUGUAGGCUAGUGGAAAAUCCCCAGUGGAGGGCACAGCCCCGCAUCAGAUGCACGAAUGUUUGCGAAUGUCGGCUGCCACCGCCCCACACACUAUGUCUUUAUGGAAUACCCCUUGCCCACUGCCCCACCAUUUCCACCUGGACAGAACUUGCUCAAAGGCUGGUGACUUGUGGGCCAUUCAUCUACAACCAAGUCCUGAUGGAGCAAGAGGCCCAAGCCUAGGGGAUGCAAGAACGACCCAUUUCUUAAAUGUUACCAGUCCCAGCCAACCUUUUGGUGACAUUAUGGUUAAUUUUCCCAAUUAAAAGUAAGCAAACAAACUGGUUGUGUAAAUGUUGCUAGACUUUAUGUGUUGUACAACUAAACAUUGCUGUUUGAACAAUAA